CAAGUAACAACUUCAAUGGAGAGAUUCCAGAGUCCACUGGGAGUUUACAAGGGCUUCAUGUGCUUAACCUGUCCAACAACAUUCUCAGUGGUAGCAUUCCUUCAGCCCUAGGGAACAUAUCAGAGCUUGAAUCACUUGAUCUUUCACAAAACAUGAUUCAUGGAGAGAUUCCUCAUCAGCUAACGCAACUCACAUUUCUGGCAGUUUUCGAUGUAUCUCAUAACCAUCUUACAGGGCCAAUACAUCAAGGAAACCAGUUUUCUACAUUUGAUAGCAGUUCAUAUGAUGGGAAUUUGGGGUUAUGUGGAAAUCCAUUGCCAAAUAAGUGUGGAAAAUCUGAGUCCCCAGCUGUUGAAGAGGAAGAGAAAAAUUCAGGGUCACUCUUUGAAUUUGAUUGGAGCACAUUUUUGCCAGGAUAUGGUGGUGGACUGAUAGUUGGAAUUGUUCUGGGUAAUAUUUUUUUCCAAAAGAAGGAAUAUUGGUUGGAAAUUGUAUCAAAGCUAGGCUACAAGGUCGCAGAUUGGUUGUCUUUACCUGUUUGA